AUGUGGUGGUGGUGGGAAUAUUUUGAACGAUGGCGUAUUGAUAUAGCAUAUCGUUUAUUACGUUGUGUUUAUAGUCAGAAGGAUUUUAAACAUCAUUGGUAUCCACAAAUUUUAAUUAUGCAAAUUGAUGAAAAUCCCGAAUGGCUUGUUAAUUGUCAAAAAUUAAUUGCGGUAGCUGAAUGGAUUAAAGAUGGUGCAGCAUCAAAUAUUGUUGCUGUCUUAUGCGAG